UCCUGUCUUAACAGCCCUCAGUGACCUACUGGCAAAAGAAACACCAAGUAUUUGGGACCUGCCCCAGAAACCACUAUGCCUGCCAACACCCCUCCUGCCCAGGUAGUGCCGAUCCUGGGAGCCACAGGUCAGGGAGGAAAGGAUCAGAGGGAUGAGCUGUGAGGGAUCUGGGAUUGGUGUGAGAGGGACCUGAAGUCCACAAGUCCAGGAUGAGAAGAUGGGUUAAAUCAACCUUGGGACUAUAUACUGCUCCACGGUUUAUCUCCAGAGAUGGGCUAGAACCUGAGGAAAGGGGAAUUCACCUCAGGACCCUCCUAAGAUGCCUAUUAGCUUCUUCUCUUCCAAAAUCUUCCAGGUUCUGAAGUUUCCUGGGUUGUAACCGGGCCAAGGUGCUAGAUAAUAAGGGACCAACUGGCCUCAGUGACUAUUGCUUGCCCUGAAGUCUCUGGCUGCGGAAUCUCUUUGAGACUGGGGAUCUCUUCUCCUCCACCUCCCACCUGUACUUCAGUGGGGUAUACAGUCAUUUCAAGGCCUCCCUAGGAAGAAGACAGCAUCCCAGUAGCAACUGCGAGGGAUAAAGUACUCACCAUGGCUUUCUUCCUGAGACUGCUCAGAUUUGGGACUGAGAAAAAGAAAGGAAAGCAUUACACCAACGUGAAACGAGAUGUGAAUCCUGAGGAUGUGUGGGAACUUGUGGGAGAGCUGGGGGACGGAGCCUUUGGGAAAGUAUUUAAGGCUCAGAAUAAGGAGACCGGGGUCUUGGCUGCAGCCAAAUUAAUUGAGGUUCAAAAUGAGGAAGAGCUGGAGGAUUACAUAAUGGAGAUUGACAUCUUGGCUAGCUGUGACCAUCCACACAUUGUCCAACUACUGGAUGCCCUCUAUUGGGAGGGCAAACUUUGGAUCCUUAUUGAGUUUUGCCCUGGGGGUGCUGUGGAUGCCAUCAUUCUGGAGCUAGAGAAAGGGCUGACAGAAGUACAGAUCCAAGUGGUCUGCAAGCAGAUGUUGCAGGCUCUGGAAUACCUGCAUGGAUCUAGGAUCAUCCAUCGGGACCUCAAGGCUGGGAAUGUCCUGCUGUCUUCUGAAGGCUAUGUCAAACUUGCUGAUUUUGGAGUGUCGGCCAAGAAUUCCCGCACCUUACAGCGAAGAGCUUCCUUCAUCGGGACACCAUACUGGAUGGCACCAGAAGUCAUCCAGUGUGAGACGUCCAAGGAGGCUCCCUAUGACUACAAGGCUGACAUCUGGUCCCUGGGGAUCACACUGAUAGAGAUGGCUGAAAUGGAACCUCCCCAUCAUGAGCUGAACCCCAUGCGGGUGCUGCUAAAGAUCCACAAGUCCCCACCACCCACUCUGCGCUACCCUCAGCAAUGGUCAGAAGAGUUUAAAGACUUCCUGAGGAAAUCCUUGGAGAGGGAUCCUGAGAUCCGAUGGUCUGCCUGUCAGCUCCUGCAGCAUCCUUUUGUGUCAGAGGUGGAAGACAGCGGACCGCUACGGGAGCUGAUUGCAGAAGCUAAAGCAGAAGUUCUGGAGGAGUUUGAGGAAGAAGAAAUAGCCUCCUUUUCGCCAAGUCAAGAUCACACACGUUCCCUCUCCAGUGAUGAUAUUCCUCCUGUAGAACCAGAAAGAAACUCAAAAGAUAAGAAGUUCUCCUUGGAGAAACCAGAUAGAGGAGAUAUAGACAGCAAGAGUGUCCAGCUCCUCCCUACACCUCUAGCUGUCAAAGGAAAUGACUUUAAACCUCAGGCCAGAGAGAAGAAUCAAGUAUUCCUCCAGCAAAAUCUUCAGGGAGGGUCUCCAGACAAGCCAGGUGAUGGUGCUUACACCAAUUCCCUUGCUCAUUCCCUUAAUCCACCAGAACCUGGGCUCAACAGGCAGAGCUCUGUUGGUCCAAGUCAAAGGCUGCUUCGGCCAAGAGCCAACCGGACUUGCAGUUUGAAGCAGAUGAGACGCAAGUCUGCACCUAUCCUGGUUCCCACCAUUGAUUCUCAAAGUUCUGUGAAGCUUUUCUCCAAAGGCCCUUCAGAAGUCUUGAAGCUAAUGAGACGAAGGUCAUUCUUCGGUGGGGUUAAGUCCCAGGACAUUCUUGACCCACUAGCUGGGAGGACUCAUGAGCUGUUGGCCACUCGAAGUGAAAAAGACCUUUUGGAAGAGCAGCUCACUUCCAGCACUGAGCCUCAGGCUAACUCACAGAGUGAUGUUCUUCCUUCUCCCAAGGCACUCUCCCCUGAGUCAGAUACAGUGAUGAAAUGGACAGCUGAGACUGAUUGCCCAGCUAAGCCCCGGGGAGCCCAGCUUUUCCCAUGCUCCCCCAUGAGCCUCUCUGAGAGACACCUGAUAGGAGAAGGAUUACCUACUACUCAGAGUGGGACUUCGAAGACUCCAAAGAGUCAAGAAGACAUUGGCUCAGACACCCCAAAUGGGCUGCCCAUCCCAGAUAGCCCCAGAGGGGCUAUUACCCACCCCUCAACAGGAGACAAGCAGCAGGUUAAUCUGGGUCUGGAAGAGCCCACAAUGACCAGUUCUAUGGCUGUUCUGGAGAAUUCAGAACAGAAUCAUGAUGCCAGAGGAAACCUGGAGAUUUCCUUAUACGAGAGGAUGUCUCUUGAACCAGAAGUGUCAAGUGAUCCCCUCUGUGAUAAAGAAAGGAAAGUCUUAUAUCAUCAGCUCAGUUCUACUGGCAGGCAAUGGACUGGGGGUGAACUGUUGGAAGGAACCAAAUCUCAGCACUUAGAUGGGAUGUUUAUGUCUAGUCUCACAAAAGAAGAAAAGUCAGGAGCUGAGUGUGUGAUGGAGGUUUCCAGUCUCUGCCAGAACAUGACCGAAUUCUUAAACGUCCAGGACCCAGGGGCCCUCGUUCAGACUAACCUGCCCAAUAAUACUGAAAAGCUAAUAACAGAGGAUUCAGGACAUUGUUUAUGCUGCCCUCAAGAGUCCCCCAACUCAGGAGAUGAACUUGGCUGUGGUACCCAGAAUCUAAAGGGGUCACUCAAUGCAACAGACUCUUCACACCAAAGGGAAUCCCAUCCCCCAAAGUCAGAGGAAGGAGCUAAUUUGUUGCUGAGAAAAACACAAGAGGGAAAAAUUGAGGAUGCCAAGAAAAACAUUUCAGACUCAACAGAGAAAUCAAAGAGGCUUGAAGGACAGGGGGCUCCUUGUCCUCAAGCAGUGACCAUACAAACAAAUUUCUCUAAAGGUGAGAAGGAGAUUCCAGAGACAGAGGAUAAUAUAGUAGUGGCCCCCACGGAGACCUUUAUAAAUGUCACAGAAGAUGUCCAACCUUCUGAGGAACAAGCCAGAGACCUAGAAGAAGGUCAUGUUAAGGAGCCCGCUCUACACCUGGUUUGGACAGCUGAGCCUUUGCAGGAACCAUCAGGGUCGGGAAUCCCUGAGCCCCUGAGUGGUGGGGAGAAAGUUAAUUCUGCAGAAGGGAACUUGGAACAAAAUGGGGGAUCGUGGAGUAAAGGCAGAGUCCGGAAGGCCGAGGCAAGCCUUUUGGAAGGAACAGAUUCAAGAAAUAUCACAAACCACGUGGCUGGUGACAAAAUGACCAUUGUCAGGUUUUCACCAGUUACAAGUGACAUUGGCCAGGACAACAUUUCCUUCAGGAAAACUGUAAAGAAAACACGCAAGUUUGUGGUGGACGGGAAGGAGGUCAGUGUGACAACGUCCAGGCCCGUGCAGGAUGCUGACCGAAAAGGAGAGAGUGUCCGUUUUGCCCGUCGGAAGGAGCUACAGGAGCUGAGGCUCCUUCAGAAGGAAGAGCAGAGGGCCCAAGCUCAGCUGGACCAGAGACUCCAUCAGCAGAGGGAACAUAUGUUCCGCCACAUCGAGCUGGAAAUGACGGGCAAGAAACAAUACUAUGAUAGCCAAGUGGAGGCUGUGGAACGCCAUCACAAGCAGAUUACAGAAAGACUAGAAGCAGAGUAUACCCAGAGACUCCAGGACCGGGCUCUGCGCCUAAAAGCCCAGCAGGAAAAAAGCACUAAGAAGUUGCCUGACCUGAGAGAGAACAGGAAAAAGGAGCAGAGUUUUAACCAGCAUCAGCAAGAACAGUUGAACCAAGCCCUACAAAAACUGAUUCAGGAGCAUAAGAAAAAAGUGACCUCCAUUGAAUGGGAAUGCACCAGCAAAGUCCAUAGCCUGAAAAGAGCCCGGGAGGCUGUGAUCUGGCAGCUGGAACAGUCCCACUUACAAGAAAAAUAUCAACUUUUCAAGCAGCAGGUGAAGGAACAGUACUCCCUGCACAGGCAACAGUUGACCAAGCGCCAUGAGAAGGAUAAUGAAAGGAUGCACAGCUUCCAUCACCUCCUAUUGGAAGAGUUGAAAAACCAACAAGCCCAGGAGAGAAGCCAGCAGCUAAAAUCUCAGCGAAAUGAGGCCAGGGCCCGCCUAGCCCAGUUCAAAGAGAGCCUCAAAUUUCAGGACAAAAGUGCUUCUGAGCACAGAGAGCAGCUCAAACAGUUCUUACAGCAAGAGGAAGGACGCCAGAAGGCAGAAACAGAGCAAUGCCAGCAAAAGCACCAAAAACAGCUGCAGGAACUACAGCAGCAGCUGGAGGCCAAUGUGCAGGAGGUGGGGCAGAUGCAGAAUGAAAAAAUUCAGCGCCUGGUAGCACAGGAAAAGAAGAAGCUAAUGACUCUGGAUGAUGAACACACCAUGGAGCUACAUGAAUGGCAGGAGAGGCUAGCUGCCCGAAAAGAGAUGCUGGAGGAAGAGCUGUCUAGAGCCCAGCUUCGUUUCCCAGGGCCCCGUCGAGGGAGUGAGCCAGCAAGAAGACUUCAACGGCUCUUCCCUGUGUUCCAUUUCCCUACAUGAUCCCCUGUGAGAGCUAGCCCACACCUUCUUUCACCUCUGAGAGCUAGCCCACACAUUCUUUCAUCUGUGAAAGCUAACCUACAUCUUUCAUGAGUACUUUUUUGGGAACUUCUUCAAAAGUGGGAAUACACUAUACCUUAAGGAAAAGAAAAAGAUCUAUUUGUAAUGAAAUAUUUUUAAUAAUGAAAAACUGGAAAGAACCAUCCCCCCAGUCAUGGAAUGGUUGAAUAAAUUGUGGUUUAUGAAUAAAAUGGACUAUUACUGAAUCCACAGCCGUAAUUAGAGUGGGGCCAUCAGAAUAUUACUCCAAGGUGUUAACAUCCAGUUGGAUUUUUUAUUCCCCACAUUGAUGGUCUGGUCUAUCCUGGUAUUUCACAGUCCUCUGCUGGUGUGUGGUACAUGGUGCAACUCCAUUCUCUUCUGCAUAGCACAAUACUUCUACAAAGAAUAUGAAUAUGAAAAAAAAUGUGAAUAAAGUGAUUCAGAGUAAAAAAAAAAAUUAACCAAAAGAACAAUCUAUAUACUGAGUACAAUAAUAUACAUAAU